AUGAGCCAGCGGGACUACUUCUCCCGUUCUGCGGGACAAGUUCUGCUGAUGGAUUACCUGGAACAGGAACUGCAGUUUAUGGCGCAAUGCAAGGAGUUCGGUGCUGCGCAGACGCAUCGCAUCGUAGCGCUGAAUGAGGACUGGGUGUGUCUGGUUCUGGUCUGUUAUGACAACCUCUUCAAGACCAGCUGUCCCUAUUCCUUCGGUUGGUACCAGACACCGCUGCAGUUUUCCAAACCGGAGGAAAAACGCCACUGGCAGUUGCAUGGACUCUUUUUGCCCCCGCUACUGCGUUCGGCCACCAUUAAGAAGUUUAUGGUGGGCUAUGAGAUGCUGGCGGAAUCCCAGCGUGAUCUGACGCCGGAGAAGGCAGCUGAGAUGCUUCGUAAUGCUGCCGGUGUCCAUUAUGUGAAAGCGGGGAACCUCUAG